GUUUAUCAUGAUGACCAGCUGUUUGUCUAAAUUAAAAUGGAAAGAUGAAAUACACACUACUGAUAGAUGAGAGUUGUGGGGUUAUGAAAACACAAAUCUUUGAUACUGAUAACAAAGAAUUGCUGGAUUGCACAGGCUAUAGAAAAUGCAAGAUAUCUACUUACGCGUCUUAUUGUUUGAGUGUAAUACUUUUCGGAAUUCCUUGGCUAAUUAUUUUCCUAAAACCGGUUUGGAAAAUUCGAUUUACAUACAAAAAAUGCGGUUUCGAAGAUGCGGGAUGUGUUAUAUUAGAAGAUAAUAAAACCGGCCACAAGUAUGUCAUUCCAUUGAAGAUCAUUUUUGUGGAUUCUCAAUCAGAAAUUUUGUGUCAAUUACUACCUCAAGAUAUUGAAAUCAAAAAGAAAAAUUGCAAAUUUAAAAAUGUUAGCAAUGAUAUAUCUACAUACCUUGAAGCAGACGAUUUUGAAGUUCGACAUGAUUAUAUCGAUCCUAAAACGGGGUCCUUCAAAUUUAUCUAUUUUGAUUUCCACUUUUCCCGUUUCUAUUGGAAUCCUCAUGCCCAGAACUUCCAAAGAUUAGAAGGCAUAGACAAAAAGUUACUGUGUUAUCAAAUAGUUGAAGAUUAUUCUCAUGGCUUAAUUCCUCAAGAACGUGUUCAAAGAUCUCACAUAUUCGGUCCAAAUGAAAUAGAAAUUGAAAUAAAAUCCUAUUUCACCUUAUUUUUCGAAGAGAUAGUCUCUCCAUUUUACGCAUUUCAAAUUUUCAGCGUCGUCUUAUGGCUCUGCGAUCAUUAUUAUUAUUACGCCUCUUGUAUAAUACUUAUCACAACGAUUUCAAUAGCUGUAUCACUUUAUGAAACCAAAAAACAAAGUGUAACUAUACGCAACAUGGUCAUGAAAGGCUCUUCUACCGAUAUAGAUGUCAUUUACAAUGAAAACAGUACUAAAGAUGAGGCUAAGAGGGAUAUCGUUAAAACAGUCCAUAAUGUCUCAUUAGUGCCAGGGGACUUGAUCAGUCUCUAUUCACGCGGCAUGAUUAUGCCUUGCGAUGCAGUCCUGGUUUCUGGCACUUGCAUAGUCAAUGAAAGUGUUUUGACAGGUGAAAGUGUUCCAGUUAUUAAAACAUCCGUGGGUAAUCAAGGUUGCGAUAAUGAAUUAUUCGAUUCACUCGUUCACAAAAAACACACUAUUUAUGCCGGAACAACUAUUCUUUUGGCUAAACCCUCAGCCGCAUGUCACAGCGAAGAAAAUUUUAACAAAGUCUACGAUGAAAAAGCUGUCUCGAGGCAUUGCGCUUUAGCUGUAGUCGUUAAAACUGGAUUUUCAACCACGAAAGGAGAAUUAGUCAGAUCGAUCUUGCACCCAAAUCCAUUGGGUUUCGAGUUUUACAAAGACAGCCUGAAAUUCGUUUGUGUUUUAGCUUGUUUGGCCGGGAUGGGUAUGAUUUACAGCGCGUAUAUCCUCUACUUACGCAAGGCAACAAUUUCUAAGCUCAUUAUGAGAACUCUUGAUGUUGUAACAAUAGUAGUACCCCCUUCACUUCCAGCCGCCAUGACCGUGGGCACUGUUUACUCCCAAAAUAGGCUCAAAAAGUCUUCUAUAUUUUGCAUCAGCCCACCCAGAAUCAACGUUUGUGGAAAAAUCGAUUUGGCCUGCUUUGAUAAGACGGGGACGUUAACCGAAGAUGGUUUAGACUUUUACGGCGUUUUACCGAAUGAUACUCGAAGGAUCAAAUUCGGCCAAAUCAUAAAAGACCCUCAUUCACAAAUAAUUUUAAAUAGAGACGGCCCCAAAAAUAAAACCGAUGAAUCACCCGAAAGAAAAUUCCAGGCAGGAGAUAUUCAAUCGAACGACAAUCUAGAUAAUUCCCGUUUGCUUUAUAGCAUGGCCUGUUGUCAUUCGCUUACCCUUAUAGAUGGGGAAGUAUGUGGGGAUCCACUCGAACUUAAAAUGUUUCAAUCAACUAAAUGGGUGCUAGAAGAGCCGAAUCCUUUAUUAAGCCCCGAUUCGUCGCUCUUACCUACCAUAGUCAAAUCAUCAUCUAGUCAAACUCAAGAUGAAACUGCUUCGAAUCAAGACCUUAUUAGUGGGUUACCAUCUUCAGUCGAAAUAGGUAUCAUUAAGCAUUUCACCUUUUCUUCCAUAUUGCAAUGCAUGAGCGUCAUAUCCAAGACUUUGACCUGCAAACAUUUUGACCUAUUCACCAAAGGCGCCCCCGAGAAAAUUUUAUCCCUCUGUCAGCCUGAAACUGUACCGGAUAACUAUCUGGAUGUAUUGAAAACGUAUACUAUGAAAGGAUUUCGAGUUAUAGCGAUGGCUCACAAAAAGUUGGACAAAAAAUUAACAUGGCAUCACGCUCAGAAAACUAAAAGGGAAGAUUUGGAAAAAGACUUGACCUUUUUAGGGUUUUUGAUAAUGAAAAAUGCGCUUAAACCUAACACCACACAAGUGAUACGUGAAUUAUUGUCGGCAUCUAUCCGCCCUGUUAUGAUAACUGGUGAUAACAUGCUUACUGCUAUAAGCGUGGCCCACGAAUGCGCUAUGAUUCCAUAUGGCGCCGUGAUAAUUUGCAUUAACGUCAAGCUCAAUACUCCUCCCUUUAAUCCUAAACCCUACAAAUCUGAAAAUAACGAAACUAACACAUCAACGGACGAUUAUAAAAUAAUUUUAAACGGGGACCAAGAAGUAAAACAUUUAAAGUUCGACGAUGAUCCCAGCCUAGAAUAUACUGUGGAAUACGAGAUAUUGGAGAAAAUCAAUAAGCCAUCUCCGGUUAAAAAUCUUAUAGAUUGCCACGAAUUUGACGACGAAAUAGAUAUUGAGAUGAAUAAUCCCUUACCAGUUAAUGCCAAUCCUACCCAGCAACUCUAUCCUAAUCUCGAAGAACGGGUCACGCUCUUGAAUAAAAAUUAUUCCACCGCAAAUCAUAUAGUAAAGUCCGGCAGAAACAAGAUAGAACUAAAUUUUGAAAAUAAUAAGUUUCAUAAAUUUAGUUCGAAAGAAGCCAACACAUUUUCGAAUCCGAAUUUUGAUGAUUAUUAUUUUGCGAUGACAGGCAGAAGUUACGGUCUUUUAGCCGAACAUUAUAACGAGCUACUACAUAAGAUCAUGACAAAGGCAUCAGUUUUUGCACGAAUGUCUCCCGAUAACAAAACUUCCCUCGUGGAAUCUUACAAACAACUCGGAUACGUUGUUAGUAUGUGCGGGGACGGAGCCAAUGAUUGUGGGGCUUUAAAAUCUUCAGACGCUGGAAUUUCUUUAUCGGACGCUGAAUCAUCUGUAGCUUCUCCAUUUACUUCUAAGAAUCAAAAUAUCGAUUGCGUUCUUAAAAUUAUCAAGGAAGGAAGAUGUUCGCUGGCUACCUCAUUUGGCGUUUUCAAAUUUAUGGCAUUAUAUAGCAUGAUUCAGUUCGCUUCUGUCCUUAUACUUUACACAGAAGGCUAUAAUUUAUCGGAUACUCAAUUUUUGUACAUUGAUCUGGGAAUUAUUACGACGCUUGCCAUAUUCAUGGGUAGGACGAAACCCUUCGAUAAAUUGGUCAAAGAAAAACCGCCUAGUUGUUUGAUGACGUUUCCCAACCUCCUCUCCAUAUUUUGUCAGCUAACUAUUCAAAUCGCCUUUCAAACCUCGGCCAUUAUCUAUCUCAAACAUCAAACUUGGUAUAACAAAGUGAAACACGCAACUGAUAAUCUAUACGAAAAUAAUGAAACAAUCAAUUGGGAUACUACGGUCGUGUUUUGGAUCUCUUGCUUCCAGUACUUGUUUAUGGCUAUAGUCUUUUCGCGCGGAAAACCCUUUCGAAAACCGAUAUAUUCCAAUUACUUAUUCCUCCUAACUAUAAUCGCCAUCUUGGUAUUCAAUAGCUUGUUCAUCGUCAACCCUAAUGGAUACUUUGAAAAUUUCUUUUCCCUGAUAUCAUCCAAAAAGUCUAUGCAUAUGACUUUUAGAUUCAUAAUUAUAUCCUUCGUAAUAGCUAAUUUCUUAUUGUCUAUCACAGUGGAAUACAUUAUAUCCCAUCUAACAAUGAAAUUCCACACAUUCUCGCGUCUUUUUAAACCCUCGAUGCCGCCUUACGUCAAGAUAGAGAAGGAAUUAAAAACACAUGGGUACGAAUGGAUGAAAUUAUCCCCGUCGUCCCAAACUCCAAAGCCACCCUGACAGUCAUUUCUUUAAAAAUUUUAAUUUAAGGAUAUACGUCGGCUCUAGCCCUUUUUUAUUAUUAUUAUAGAAUAUAUAAUUUUUCCAUUCUCUUUCUUUUAUUUGUAUUAAACUAGGUCCCGCCUUGCAAUACAACUCUCAUCCUAGCUCAUUAUUAAAUAAAAUUUUAUAGAUAUAUAUAUUUUUUUAAUAAAUGAAUUAUAUAUUCAAAUUAUUUACUGAGUUAGGAUUAUAGAUGCGGGCUAGAGUUUGAUAUAGGUUAUAAAAUUAUAUUUAUAAAAAUUAACGCCGAAAGAUUUUGUACUUUUAAUAAUAAAAAUAUGAUAUAAUGUUGUUUUUAUAUAUAUUUUGUUUAAAAAAAAUGAUGUAUUUUUUAUUUUUAUGUAUAGUUUUUUUUGUAUUAUAAUAAAUAAGCCAGAUUUAUAUUUGAA